AUGGCAGUCACUACUUACGGAGGAAAGCAUACUAUUGAUCCCUCCAUGCCGUCUAAAAUUGAGAGAGUGAUAGAAAAUGAUGAGGAUGAGAUUGAGGUUACUAAAGAUCCGAUAGUUGAUACAGAAAAGGAAGCUAAGGUGACCCAAAAAGUUGUUCCCAUGCCUAGACCUCCACCUCUGUUUCCACAAUGGUUGGUGAAAAAGACUGAAGAAGGGAAAUACUGCAGGUUCAUAGCUAUGUUGAGGAAACUGUCCGUAAAUGUCCUAUUGAUAGAUGCUUUGGAACAAAUGCCGGGGUAUGCUAAAUUCAUGAAGGUCUUGGUGACCAAAAAGAGGGCUGUCAGUUUUAAGAAUGAUGAGAGGUUGCAACACUGUAGUGCUAUUGCUAAUGGGUCACUUGUGCAAAAGAAAGAUGAUCCUGGAGCUUUUACGAUUCCUUGUACCAUUGGUAUGUUGCACUUUGCGAAGGCCUUGUGUGAUUUGGGUGCAAGCAUUAAUUUGAUGCCAUUUUCGAUUUUUAAGAUCUUGGGUUUGGGAGCUCCAAAACCGACUGCAAUGCGUUUACUCAUGGCUGAUAGAACUGUGAAGAGGCCCAUUGGAGUGUUGCAAGAUGUCCUUGUGAAAGGAGACUUUCUUUCUACUGCGCGUGCGUUGGCUGAUAUGGAGAGAUGGGAGAUGAAGUUUCGAUUAAACAUUGAAGAGGUAACUUUUAACAUAUGUAGGUCUAUGAAGCAUGAAAGGGAUCUUCAAUUGGUAUCUGUGGUGAAUCACAUUGUGGGGAAAAAAUCUGAGGUGUCCAUUGAGGAAAUGUUAGGUGUUAAUGCACAAGCAGCGGUGAUAAUGAAUUUUGACAGUGAUGAUAUUGAUGAGUAUGAUGAGCUAGUUGCUGCACUUUAUAGGUUCGAGUUUCGUUUCAAGCCAAAAUAG